UUGGCUUUCCGGCUGGUGCCUGUCUCGGCCCCCGCGCCAGUUUCGGGCUAGUUGGCGCGGAAUCGGGAGAGUCGGAAACCAUGGCGCCGGUGCACAGCGACGAUUGCGAGCCGGGGGCGAGCGCUGUGUCAGAUUCAGAGAGUUUUGUAAUUUCUCGAUCCCGGCGAGAAAAGAAAUCAAAGAAAGGGCGCCAAGAAGCUCUAGAGAGACUGAAAAGGGCUAAAGCGGGUGAAAAGUAUAAAUAUGAGAUUGAGGACUUCGCAAGCGUGUAUGAAGAAGUUGAUGAAGACCAGUAUUCGAAGCUAGUUCAGGCACGCCAGGAUGAUGACUGGAUUGUGGAUGACGAUGGUAUUGGCUAUGUGGAGGAUGGCCGAGAGAUUUUUGAUGAUGACCUUGCAGAUGAUGCUCUUGAUUCCAGCCAGAAAGGAAAAGAUAAUAAAGCACCGAAGAAAGACAAGAAGAAUAUAAAGAAGGCUGCAGUGACAAAACCAAAUAAUAUCAAGUCAAUGUUCAUUGCUAGUGCUGGAAAGAAAAGUGCAGAUAAAGCUGUCGACUUGUCCAAGGAUGAUCUGCUAGGUGACCUUCUGCAGGAUCUGAGCUCUGAGAAAUCUCGAAUAACUCUCCCACCUGUAAUGAUACCGAAGAAGAAAAGGUCCAUUGGAGCUUCGCUGAAUCCAUUCUCCGUGCACACCCCCAAGGCAGUCCCUUCAGGAAAAACCGUUCUCCCUGUCUCAAGGAGGGAACCUCCGUCAACUCCUGUUCAGCUUAAAUGUGCUGAAUUUACUGGAGAGACAGUGCAGGCUGCGCGUACAGGAGACGAGGACAAGUCGGGGGCAAUGGAUUUUGAAGAUGGCGACUUUGAUGAGCCCAUGGAAGCUGAGGAGGUGACUGUGGAGACUGUGACUGACAAGACAUGGAACCAAAAGAGUGAGCCAGCAAAGGAUGUGAAACUUAAGGCGGAUUCUGGGAGAGAGACCACAGCACACUUAGGCUGUUUUCUACCGGAUGUCUCUGGUUGGGGCAUAGAUCAGGGAGAUGAAAGCCGUUUCUCACCUCAGGAAGUUCAAGUGGAUUCCAGUUACCUCCCAAUGGUAAAAGGGGCAGAUGAGGAACAAGCGUUCCAGUUUUACUGGCUGGAUGCUUAUGAAGAUCCGUACAACCAACCAGGUGUGGUAUUUCUGUUUGGCAAAGUUUGGAUCGAAUCAGCCAAAACCUAUGUGAGCUGUUGUGUCAUGGUGAAAAACAUUGAGCGAACACUAUACUUCCUUCCCCGUGAACUGAAAAUUGAUCUAAAUACGGGGAAAGAAACCGGAACUCCAGUUACAAUGAAGGAUGUUUAUGACGAAUUUGAUGAGAAAAUAGCAACAAAAUAUAAAUUAAUGAAGUUCAAGUCCAAGAUAGUGGAGAAGAACUAUGCUUUUGAGAUACCUGAUGUUCCAGAAAAAUCUGAGUACUUGGAAGUUAGAUACUCGGCUGAAUCACCACAGCUUCCUCAGGAUUUGAAAGGAGAAACUUUUUCUCAUGUAUUCGGGACCAACACAUCUAGCUUGGAACUGUUCUUGAUGAACAGAAAGAUCAAAGGACCUUGUUGGCUUGAAGUAAAAAAUCCACAGCUCUUGAAUCAGCCAGUCAGUUGGUGUAAAGUUGAAACAAUGGCUUUGAAGCCGGAACUGGUGAAUGUAAUUAAAGAUGUUGCCCCUCCUCCACUUGUGGUUAUGUCUUUCAGCAUGAAGACGAUGCAGCAUGCAAAGACACAUCAGAACGAGAUUAUCGCUAUGGCAGUGUUGGUCCAUCACAGUUUUGCAUUAGAUAAAGCACCCCCACAGCCUCCCUUUCAGUCACAUUUCUGUGUUGUGUCUAAACCAAUGGACUGUAUUUUUCCACUUGCUUUCCAAGAAGUCAUUAAGAAAAAGAAUGUGAAGGUUGAGGUUGCUGCAACAGAAAGAACGCUGCUAGGGUUCUUCCUUGCAAAGGUUCACAAAAUUGAUCCUGAUGUCAUUGUGGGUCAUAAUAUUUAUGGGUUUGAUCUGCAAGUGCUCCUGCAGAGAAUUAACGUGUGCAAAGUUCCUCACUGGUCCAAGAUAGGUCGACUGAAGCGAUUCAACAUGCCAAAGCUUGGGAGCCGGAGUGGUUUUGGUGAAAGAAAUGCAACCUGUGGCCGAAUGAUCUGUGAUGUGGAAGUUUCAGCAAAGGAAUUGAUUCGUUGUAAAAGCUACCAUUUGUCUGAACUGGUCCAACAGAUUCUGAAGACGGAAAGGGUUGUAAUCCCAAUGGAAAAUGUACAAAACAUGUACAGUGAAUCUUCUCGUCUUCUGUACCUGUUGGAACACACCUGGAAAGAUGCCAGGUUCAUUUUGCAGAUCAUGUGUGAGCUAAAUGUUCUGCCAUUAGCAUUGCAGAUCACUAACAUCGCCGGGAAUGUUAUGUCCAGGACGCUGAUGGGUGGACGAUCUGAACGUAAUGAGUUCUUGUUGCUUCAUGCGUUUUAUGAAAACAACUAUAUUGUGCCUGACAAGCAGAUUUUCAGAAAGCCUCAGCAAAAACUGGGAGAUGAAGAUGAAGAAAUUGAUGGAGAUACCAGUAAAUACAAGAAAGGACGUAAGAAAGCAGCUUAUUCUGGUGGCUUGGUAUUGGAUCCCAAAGUUGGUUUUUAUGAUAAGUUCAUUUUGCUUCUGGACUUCAACAGUUUAUAUCCUUCCAUCAUUCAGGAAUUUAACAUUUGUUUUACGACAGUGCAAAGAGUUGCUUCAGAGGCACAGAAAAUUACAGAGGAUGGAGAACAAGAGCAGAUCCCUGAGCUGCCAGAUCCGAGCUUAGAAAUAGGCAUUUUGCCCAGAGAGAUUCGGAAACUGGUAGAGCGGAGAAAACAAGUGAAACAGCUAAUGAAACAGCAAGAUUUAAAUCCAGACCUUGUUCUUCAGUAUGACAUUCGACAGAAGGCUCUGAAGCUCACGGCAAACAGUAUGUACGGCUGCUUGGGAUUUUCUUACAGCAGAUUUUAUGCCAAGCCACUGGCUGCUUUGGUGACAUACAAAGGAAGGGAGAUUUUGAUGCAUACGAAAGAGAUGGUCCAGAAGAUGAAUCUUGAAGUUAUUUAUGGAGAUACAGAUUCAAUUAUGAUAAACACCAAUAGCACCAACCUGGAAGAAGUAUUUAAGUUGGGGAACAAGGUAAAAAGUGAAGUGAAUAAGUUGUACAAACUACUUGAAAUAGAUAUUGAUGGUGUCUUCAAGUCUCUGCUAUUGCUGAAGAAAAAGAAAUAUGCUGCUCUGGUUGUUGAGCCAACGUCAGAUGGGAAUUAUUUCAUCAAACAGGAGCUGAAAGGAUUAGAUACAGUUAGAAGAGAUUGGUGUGAUCUUGCUAAAGACACUGGAAACUUUGUCAUUGGUCAGAUUCUUUCUGAUCAAAACCGGGACACUAUAGUGGAAAACAUUCAGAAGAGGUUAAUAGAAAUUGGAGAAAAUGUGCUAAGUGGCCGUAUCCCAGUAAGCCAGUUUGAAAUUAACAAGGCAUUGACAAAGGAUCCCCAAGAUUACCCUGACAAAAAAAACCUACCUCAUGUACAUGUUGCCCUCUGGAUAAAUUCUCAAGGAGGCAGAAAAAUGAAACCUGGAGAUACUGUGUCGUAUAUCAUCUGUCAGGAUGGGUCAAACCUCACUGCAAAUCAGAGGGCCUAUGCCCCUGAGCAGCUGCAGAAACAGGACGGUUUAACCAUUGACACCCAGUAUUACCUGGCCCAGCAGGUCCACCCAGUCGUGGCUCGUAUUUGUGAACCAAUAGAUGGAAUUGAUGCUGUGCUCAUUGCAACAUGGUUAGGACUCGACCCCACCCAAUUUAGAGUGCAACAUUAUCAUAAAGAUGAGGAGAAUGCUGCUUUACUUGGUGGCCCAGCACAGCUCACUGAUGAAGAGAAAUACAGGGACUGUGAAAGAUUCAAAUGUCCAUGCCCCACCUGUGGGACCGAGAAUAUUUAUGAUGGCGUCUUUGAUGGUUCGGGAACCGAUAUGGAGCCCAGCUUGUAUCGUUGCAGUAACAUCGAUUGUAAGGCUUCACCUCUGACCUUUACAGUACAGCUGAGCAAUAAAUUGAUCAUGGACAUUAGACGUUGCAUUAAAAAAUACUAUGAUGGUUGGUUGAUAUGUGAAGAACAGACAUGUCAGAAUCGAACUCGGCACCUCCCCCUUCAGUUCUCCCGAAAUGGACCUCUUUGCCAAGCCUGCAUGAAAGCUACACUUAGACCAGAGUAUUCUGACAAGUCCCUGUAUACCCAGCUGUGCUUUUACCGGUACAUUUUUGAUGUGGACUGUGCACUGGAGAAACUUAUUACCGAUCAUGAGAAAGAGAAAUUGAAGAAGUUUUUAACCCCCAAAGUUCUUCAGGACUACGGAAAACUCAAGAACACAGCACAGCAGUUUUUAUCCCGAAGUGGCUACUCUGAAGUGAACCUCAGCAAACUCUUCGCUAGUUGUGCCAUGAAGUCUUAAGGGAAUCCCAGAAGCGAAUGAGGCGGGAGGUGGGGAGGUAGCUGAUGCAUCCUCGCUUCCUGGGCCCCUCCACUGUAGCCCUCACCACUUGUCUCACAUCUGCUGUUCCUCUGGGAUGGAGUCUCGUAUUGGUGUGGAUGUAGCUAGGGAGGGGGGAUGAUAGGAGGGAGGUUGCAAAGAUAUAUAACGUUCCAAGAAUUCAGGGAAAAUCAAAAUAGCCUUCGUAUUUACAAUAUACCACUUCGAAACACGACCCCAUAGCUUUUUCCCAAUCACAUGGAGAACUACCUUCUUCAUAUUGUGGACUGGAUUUCUAGGAGACAAGGUCAGUGAGGGAAGGGAAAUUGCUACUUUAAUUGAGAGUAGCUGGAAUGUCAGUGACCCCAGACUUGGUUCCAGGGUAUGUAGCAGAGAUGCUUCCAGAAAGAGGUGAGUGGAGGCUGGUAGGAGCAUGAACAUUUUGCCUUUUCACACGCCAAUUAAGCCCAGUAUAAACCCACAUGCCUCCCUCAGCCACUUGCUCUUGGCUAAGUGGAGGGGGGGACUUAGAGGCCUUGUACUUACCAAAUAGAUUAAACAGCUUACUUGUUUAUUGAAUUGCUCCAAAGUCCAACUCACACACACACUGAACGGGUGUUUUAUACUCACAUUCCUUUUUCUUUUUUUAAGUAGAAAGUUAAGGUACAGGUUUAUAUAAUAGGAAAACACAUUGAAAAUAAUUUGAUAUCCUAACAGUUCACUUAAAAUGUAGAGAGGUUGGGGUGAGGACCACUGUGUCUCUGGUGUAUUCAGAAAAAUGGGGGAGGGGAUAGUUAAUUGGCCCUGGUGCUGUUUUUCUUCUUUCUUCAGGGUGGCAUCCUCUUUGCUAGAAGCAAAAUGUAUUUCAAUAUAGUAUUCUCCUUUAUUGGUAAGGUUAUACUAACAAGAUCUAUUUCUUCUUGUACAACCAUGCUAUAUUUUUUUAAAUAUUUACCUGUGUGCUUUUACGAAAGAAAAGUAUGCUGUGCUUUACUGAAGAAUAAAGUUUUCUAAAGGGAAACCAGUUGCAGUGAAUCCUUCUCAGGUACAAAGAGUUGACUAGAGGCGGCAGCAAGGCGUAAUGUACUGCCCACACCUCAGCCCAGUUUCUCAUCGCUGCCUGGUUUACAACCCGCCUCAGAUGCUGGGUGCCACGUAUUUCCUAAUGCUCUGGGAAGCAGCGUGGAGAAUUUCUGCGGGCCUUGGGGCCUUUACGAGAUGAAGCAGGGUUUCUCCUGCUUUGCUGACUUGGACAGCAGUGUAAGCGUUUAGGCCAAGAGCCCCGGGGUGUCUCUUUUUGAGGAGCCAAGUGAUAGCUCCUGGGAAAAAGGCAGCCAGAGAGAAAGGUCAUCUAGCACUGACCUUCGUGUAGGAAUACUUGUUAAAGCAAUGGAGAUGAAGCUCCCUUUUAGCUGUCUUUGCCUUCUCUUCUCUCUCCUUUGCCCUCUCCCCUGUAGGUCUCUCUCCCUCCUCCUUUCUCUUCUUUCUCUUACACUCAGGUUCUAAGUAGAAAUAUUUUGGGUCUAGGGCCCUGCCUGUUAAUGAAUUAAUGCCUCAGUACUUCAGGUUCUGUGGCCUGUCAAAAGGUAGAGCACCCCGAGUUGCUUUGGGAGACUCAGAGGAUUGAUGUGGUGGUUGUAAAUCGCUGCUUUGUAAGGUUAUACAGAUAGUUGUCUGAUGUGCACUUCCAGAACCCAAGGCCCCACUUGGCUUUCUGAGAAAACACGUUUUCCUUGGUGUCUGGGCUUAUAUUCAAUAUAAAUGGAGAGUUAUCCUGAACUUGGAUAUCAGAAUAUUCCAGGAGACUCAAAAAACUUCUCACAGAACUGUUGCUCAUCUCUGUAUCUAAAUUGUAAUCACCUUGAGGGCAAGAACCAUUUCUAUAGAAAGAUAUUCAGACAUUUCUUAGUACAAUCCCCCCCAAAGGGCUAAUGCAGCCGUUGAUAUUUUCUUAUUCAAAUCUGCAACUCCAGGUUAGCCAAGAGGCUUUGUCUGGGAGGCACCUAAAGAUUCCAGAACUUUACAGAAAGUUGAAACUGCAGCCAUGAUUGAGAAUUCCAGUGGAUCUCUGCUGGAAGAUUGGAACAUCACAGACUUUUCUGAGAAAGGUUUCUACUCCUUGAUCUGUGUUACUUAAACAGCCAGCUGGGUAGACCAGGAGUGGAAAUGCUGCCCACUGCUUUGUAAGGGGGGAGGGCAGAGCCCACCCAUGUGUCUCAACAGGCUCCCAGGCCUGGCUCUUCAGCCCAGAUGCUAACAGUGAAUGAAUGAAGCACACCGGAGAGCGGUAGGUCCUGUCUAAAGGUGGCAGCAGCUCCUCAGUGAUGCCAGGAGGGACCGAACCCAGUGCAACCACAGAAGCCAGGAAUCCGGAUAGUCCAUAAAGCUUGAUUUCUAAACCUUGACAGAUGAUUUUUAAAAGUCUCCGCAGUGUGUGAGCCAGACUAAAACCUCUGGCCUAGACUUUCCCCGGGCCAGUAAAUGGCACCCUCAAAGAACCUGGCUCCUCUCUGAACCCCGCACCUCAGAAAGGGCACCUGUUCUGUUUAACUCAGGAAGUAGGAUUGACACAUCUUUAUCUUGGACACAAUUGGCUAACCCUCAGCUCUCCUCUCCUACUUCGUAUCAAGAGGGCUAGGGAAGGCCAGAAGUUGAAAAUCCUGCAAAGAGUAUGCUCCAUAAGAAUUU